AUGUUUUCAAAAUUGUUGAAUCAAAGUUCAAAAUUUGUGAUGGAAGGAGUUAAAAAUUUAGUUCCAAAAAAGCAUAGUUUGCCGUUAACUAAGAUGAUAGAACAAUUAACUGAAGUUAAAGUUAGUGGAGGAAUGCAGUCUGUAACAGGUUUAAGUGUUGGUGGUUCUAGUAAUGCUUUGGAUGGAGCUGAUGAGUUUCGUGUUUUCGACCCAAAAUUGACACAAGGAUCGAUAAAAGAUGGACUACGUUCAACAUAUCCAGUAGUAGAUGUAAUUGUUUUUGUAGUUGGUGGAGGUAAUUAUGUAGAAUAUCAAAAUGUUAUUGAAUGGGCAAAAACAAAACCAUCAAUACAAAGAAUAACUUAUGGAUGUACAGAAAUGGUUAGCCCAAAAUGCUUUGUUGAACAGUUGUCUCAUCUUGGAGAAAAAUCGAGAGGUGGAGGAAUAUAAUUACACAUAUUUUGUUUGUGACAUG